AUGGCUACUCAGUAUGUAGAAGAGUUAAUCUGCAGUGCUCGUAAACUAUAUGAUACAGAAGAAUAUCUCGCAGCACGUGCGCUAUAUACUCAACUCCUUGCUUUAUAUCCGUUUGAUGCAAGAAUGUGGCAUCAUCGAUCAAACACUCAUCUGAAGCUCCGAUAUCCUGAGUUAGCUUUUACUGAUGCUGCUCGUGGACUUCAGCUUCUCGAUGAUACGCUAGCAAAGAAAACGUUAUCUCGGGAUGAUCAAAAUGACGCAGUACUUUUACGGCUUGACGUACUAUAUACCUGUCUACUUACUGCUGAAGCUCUGAACAGUUUUCAAAUGGCACUACAGUAUAUUGAUCGGCUAUUGGCCAACGUCCAUUUACUUUCCAGUGAGACGCGCAAAGUGGUGCUCGAAAAACAAGCUACCCUUCGAGACAAGAUCAGUCAGAGAAUCAGCACACUGCGCGGUGCAAAUGUGCCUUUAGGAGUCUCAAUUGACACUAUUUCAAACUUGGGUACCAUGAAUGUAGUGAAAUACCCAUGGGACGUUUCUGAACCUUUCACUGCGACAAAUGAUUUGGAUGCUGAGCUGAAAGAACUUAAUAGCGCAUUUGAACCAUUCGCUCCGAAAUUGAAGAUCGUUCUUAUGCCUGACAACCCAGCACUCUACACUCCAGAGCGCACAUCAUCUAUAUUCUUUUCCAAAGCCGGUAGACCUCAGUUGGGUAUCAUAGCACGAAAGAAAAUCAAACCAAAAGAACGAAUCUUAGAUGAAACGGGAAUCUUCGUUAACAACGGAUUAUAUGGUCCUAAAUGCAAUUAUUGUAACAGUGUCCUAUCGAUUUCGGCGAGUAACUCAAACGAAAUGCACAAAACAACGUGCUCAGGAUGUGGAGAACGCUUUUGCAGUGUUGAUUGUCUCCACUCUGCUCUGGAAACUUACCACAAAGUUCUUUGUGGGCGUGAUAUUUCUCACAUUUUAACGUAUGUUGCCAAAGGAACUUCAUGCAGUAGCUUAAUUCAUUUGGUUGUAUUGCGACUGCUAGCAAUUGCCGUUCAAAGCAAGCAGCACCCUCUUGAAAUGACUAUUGUGAAAUACCUUGCAAGAAGUGCAAAGGAAGUAGUACCGUGGGAUGUUUACCAAUCAUAUUUCUUCUACUUGGACGUACUGAAAGUUCUAGGUCUGUGUCCGUAUAGCGAUAUCGACAAGUUCGAUUUUUGGAUUUACUAUACGCUCCGAAAUAAACUAAUACCUAAUGUAUUCGGAGAAUACAAAGCGCCAAUGAAGCCGGCAAAUGGAAAACUGCUUCUUUUCACGAGCUUCCUCAAUCAUUCCUGUGUUCCGAAUGCUGUUUAUAUCACGGACAGACACGCUCAUCAGGUAGUUGUUGCUCGCAAAGAAGGAAUUGAGAAAAAUCAACAAGUUUUCAUCAGCUACAUUGAUCCUGAUCGUCCGUCCAUCGAACGUCAGCAACUCUUCGAAACAACUUAUGGAUUUGUUUGUAGAUGCGAACGUUGUGUUCGCGAACUAGGAACGAAUGACGAAGAAGAAAUUCGUCAAAAGACUGCCCCUUCAAGCAACUAG